GUUUAAAAUAAUAUAUUUUUCAAUCGUUUUAAAAUGGCGUUUCAUAAGAGCCUCUUUCUUUUGUGCGUGGGCGUAUCGGUGGUGGUUGCCGGGAGGUCUCCUCAAGCAGACAAGAUCGAGGCUUUGUAUAAGACCCUUGGUGGCGUUGGGAGAAUAUCUGAUAAUGUUCUUGAGGACGCUAGCUUAGAUGUUCCCGAACUGGUUAGGAAAUACAACUAUCCUUUAGAAGAGCAUACCGUGUCGACUGGGGAUGGCUACAUCCUGCGCAUGCACCGCAUCCCGCACGGCCGAGACAGUCACAGCACCCCAGGAGGCCGGUCAGUCGUGUUCCUCAUGCAUGGAUUGCUGUCUUCUUCCGCUGACUACGUCCUCAUGGGUCCAGGUUGCGGACUGGCAUACAUCCUGGCUGAAGAGGGUUUUGACGUGUGGAUGGGUAACGCACGUGGGAACUACUACUCUCGCCGUCACACCAACUUGAACCCCGACAGCCUUUUGAGUACGGCCUUCUGGAGUUUCUCGUGGGAUGAAAUCGGGAAUAUAGAUCUGCCUGCAAUGAUAGACUACACCCUCAGAGUGUCCGGUCGAGACCGACUCCACUACGUGGGUCAUUCCCAGGGAACCACAUCGUUCUUCGUGAUGGGCUCGCUUCGCCCGGAUUAUAAUGCAAAGAUCAUUUCUAUGCACGCUCUAGCCCCAGUCGCGUAUAUGGCAAACAACCAAAACCUUUUAUUGAGAUUUAUAUCUCAAUACGCCAAUAAUAUUGAAUUCGCAUUAUCUCUGAUUGGCGUUGGAGAGUUCCUGCCUAACAACAAUGUGAUGACCUGGGCUGGCCAGGCUUUGUGCAUGGACGAGGCGCUGUUCCAACCUGUCUGCAGUAAUAUACUCUUCCUGGUCGCCGGGUGGAGCCAAGAUCAACACAAUGCUCCUGAACUAGUAAGAAAAUACAAUUAUCCGUUGGAAGAGCACACGGUGACGACUCCGGACGGCUACAUCUUGGGCAUGCACCGCAUCCCGCACGGCCGCGACAAGAACAACGUGCCCAGGGACAGGCCCAUCGUUUUCCUCAUGCACGGACUCGUGUCGUCCUCAGCUGAUUUCAUUCUUCUAGGUCCCGGAUGUUCUCUUGCAUACAUAUUGGCCGAAGAAGGAUUCGACGUGUGGCUAGGCAACGCUCGCGGUAACUACUACUCACGUAGACACACGCGCCUGAACCCUGACAGUUGGUUCAGCACAGCAUUUUGGCAAUUCUCUUGGGACGAGAUAGGAAACAUUGACUUGCCUGCGAUGAUCGACUAUGCUCUGGCCGUGACUGGCCGUCAAAGACUCCACUAUAUUGGACAUUCUCAAGGAACUACCACUUUCUUCGUUUUGGGUUCUCUCCGACCAGAAUACAAUGCAAAGAUUAUUUCCAUGCACGCUCUUGCACCUUCGGCAUACAUGGAACACAGUCCAAAUCUCUUAUUAAGGUUCAUAUCUCAAUUUGCGAAUAAUAUGGAAUUUGCUCUGUCACUUCUUGGGGUUGGCGAAUUCUUCCCUAACAACAAUGUGAUGACUUGGGCAGGUCAAGCUCUUUGCAUGGACGAAGUGGUGACUCAAAUCCUAUGUAGUAAUAUAAUUUUCCUGAUGGGCGGCUGGAACGAAAGUCAACAUAAUGCAACGAUGAUCCCAGUGAUAAUGGGACAUUCUCCAGCGGGUGCGUCCGCGAGACAGUUUGUGCAUUACGCCCAAAGUAUCGCUGGCAGGCAGUUCCAGCGGUACGACCACGGUACCCUGCUGGCUAAUCGCAGAGCCUACGGAACCUGGAGUCCUCCUCGAUAUAACCUCUCCAAGAUUACGACUCCCGUGUUCUUGCACUACUCCGACACCGAUCCCAUGGCUCAUGUUCGCGACGUGGACAGGUUGUUCCGGGAGCUUGGCAGACCUAUUGGUAAAUUCAGGGUUUCGGAGCCAAAAUUCAGCCAUUUUGACUUCAUAUGGGCCAUCGACGGCAAGGAACUCCUGUACGAUCGCAUUAUUAAUCUUCUCUGGUCCAUGGACGCCAAUGGUCUUUACGGCGACAUUAAAGUAUAGUAAUACAAUUAA